AUGUCGCAGUCACGACACAUCUGGGAGCUCGAGCUAGAACCUCUUGACCAAGAAGAUAGAGAGAUUUUGGAGGAAGCGGAGAAGGAUCCUAAUGCCGUCACCACAAGUACUACGAUUGCCCAGAAAUUAGGGUUAUUUUCGACGUGUUGUAUGAUAAUCAAUAGGAUCAUUGGGACCGGUAUCUUUUCAACACCGGCCACCAUAUUGAAGGCCACUGGAAGCCCUGGCGCCUCCCUCCUCCUAUGGGCCGCUGGAGCGUUUGUCAGUUUUGCCGGCCUCAUGGUCUACAUGGAAUUCGGUCUUUCCAUCCCACGGUAUAUGCAAGAUGGGCAAUCCAAAGCCGUUCCACGUUCCGGUGGUGAGAAGAACUACCUUGAAUACGUAUUCCGCCGUCCCCGUUACUUAGUCACCUGUGUAUAUGGUGUAUUAUUUAUUGUACUUGGAAACACCUCAGGAAAUGCAAUCUCUUUCGGCCAGCAUGCUCUCCGCGCCAGCGGUGUCAAAGAGGAUGAAAUCGAUAGCCACGAAUGGCAGAUCAAGGGGAUUGCUAUAGCAGCAAUCACGGGAGCUUGCCUUCUACAUGGAUCUUGGAGAGCAGGCGGCAUAUACGUGAAUAAUUUAUUCGCGACCAUAAAGUGUCUAAUGCUUGUGGUGUUCAUCAUUGCAGGAGCUGUACACAGUGGGAAGGGAGGGAAUCGAAACACUCAUAACCUAGACCUUGACUGUUCCUUUGUGAAUAGCUCAGAUAGUGGGACGGCGAUCUCAAAGUGUCCACAGAAUCGAGACAUGCAACAUAAUGAAUGGCAGAUGUACGGGUUUUCGCAGUCCUUCUUGUUGGUCAUAUUUGCAUAUGGCGGGUUUGAGAACGCGAAUUAUAUCCUCAGCGAGAUAGACAGACCAAAGCGUACCUAUAAGUUGGCUUCGCUUUUGUCAUUGGGCCUGGUUACCUUCCUGUAUAUGCUCGUCAACAUAAUAUAUUUUCUGGUUCUACCGAGAGGGGAGUUCGUAAACGAAAGUACUCAGUUAGCGCUCGAAUUCUUUAAGACGAUUGUCGGUAGCAAGCAUUCAGCACGUGUCGAUGCUGCAGUAGCCUCGUUCAUUGCCUUCUCUAGCUUUGGUAAUAUCAUUGUAGUAACUUUUGUUGGCUCCAGAGUCAAACAAGAGAUAGCCAAAGAAGGUGUUCUCCCCUUUUCCCGUCUCAUUGCCAGCGACAUGCAAACUCCUUUCAGCUGGCUUCGAAAUGCGAUGUUCCGCUCUUCUGAUGAGUACAAAUCCGAGAACACCCCUGUUGCGGCCCUCUUUCUCCAUUGGAUAUUCUCUUUCAUCCUCGUUAUCGCCCCCGGAACCACGGAUGCUUAUCUUUUCCUCCUUCUCCUCCACUCAUACGCCCUCCAUGUCUGUGCCGGCUUCUUACUCGCCGUAGGUAUGCUUUACCUCUAUUUUCAAAAGAAUUCGACAUGGCGCCAGGAAAGCGGUUUCAAGCCUCUUGGGGGAUGGAUUUGGGCACUUUUAUAUGCACUUGUAAAUGCGUUCUUGAUAUGUGUUGCGUGGUUCCCACCACCAGACAGGUUCAAGACGUUGAUAUUGGACCAAAUCAAAUACAAUGUCUACCCAAUAGUGGUUUUUGCUCUUAUAGGGUUUGGAGUGUUGUAUUGGGUGGGGUUUGCGCAUCUGUAUCCAAGGUACUCGAAGAGGGUCUUGGACGUUAGGAGAUACCCAAUCAUUAGGGAUGGGGUGCAAAUUUAUGAGGCCGUAUUUUUUAACUGGGUUGUGCCGGAUUUGGAUAUAGAUGAUGAUGUGGAAAGUCAUGAGAGGGAUCCAAGCUUCAAUAUACAGAUGAAGACGAGAUCUCGAACUAAUGAAUGA